AUGGAGCAUUCGAAGGGGUCCAACAUAGUCUCCUCGCCGCCAGGCUCGCCCGACGCAGCCCGGGAGGUACGUGCGCAGAACAUGUAUUCGGCCCCGUCUCCAGAUUCUUCCCAAAGACAACGCCCCCAAAGCAUGUUCGGUAGACUUCCACCACGGAGUCAAAGUCGCAUGAGCCAGAGUAGCAAUCAUGUCGGGAGCAGAGCUUCAGACGAAGAUGCGAAGAUCUCAGUCAAAGUCGUCGUUCGAGUUCGGCCACCUCUGGGCCCGUCCGACCCCGGAUUUGACCUCAUUCCACAACGGUUCCAACGGUCAAUGGUGCAGGUCAAUACGAAUACCAGUCUAGCCGUCGAUUCACCCCAGGGCCGGAAGAUAUUUAUCUUCGAUCGCGUCUUCGGCCAGGAUGCGACCCAGCCCGCGGUAUGGGAGUACCUCCAAGAUGGCGUCGACUCCUUCCUCCAAGGCUACAAUGUCUCGAUCCUCGCAUAUGGUCAAUCGGGUUCCGGAAAGAGUUAUACAAUGGGGACAUCUGGUCCAACAGAACAAUUCGACCCAUCUUUGAAAGGCGUCAUUCCCAGAGCAGCGCAACAUCUGUUCGACCACCUCAAUGGUAGCGCCCCUGCUCACGCGAGACACAACUCCGGUCUGAGGUCACCGACCAGAUACUCGGUCCCCAGCCUGAACCAAGUGAUGCAGAAUUCCAAAACCUUCGCCGACCAGGGUUGGGAAAUGUCCGUCACGUACGUUGAAAUCUACAAUGAGCAACCCAGAGACUUGUUGCUGCCCGAGAAUGCGCCCUUUACAGAGAGAGCGAAUGUUCAAAUUCGAGAAGAUCCUCGAGGCCGGAUCUUUGUCGAAGGCCUCAAUUCUGUCCGCAUUUCGUCGUUGGAUGAACUAAUGCGUGUUCUGAACCAUGGUUCGGCCAUUCGGCAAACGGAUGCAACCGCCAUCAAUGCACGGUCUUCGCGGUCGCAUGCCGUCUUCACCAUCAAUCUCCGUCAGACCAAAGCCCAAGGCUUCAGCCCUUCCAAGGACAAACGAACCCCCUUCACCGCCGAUCAAGUGGGUAGUGGAAGCGACUCCCCCAUGACUGUCGAGAGCAAACUUCACUUCGUCGAUCUGGCUGGAAGCGAAAGACUGAAAAACACAGGUGCCACCGGCGAUCGUGCCAGAGAGGGCAUUUCCAUCAAUGCCGGCUUGGCUAGUCUAGGCAAAGUCAUUGCUCAAUUGUCAUCAAGGUCGUCCGGUACCUUCGUGUCGUACAGAGAUUCCAAAUUGACCCGAAUGUUACAAGACUCGCUCGGUGGUAAUGCAAUCACAUAUAUGAUUGCGUGUGUCACACCUGCUGAGUUCCAUCUCAGUGAGACUCUCAAUACGGUACAAUACGCUCAACGCGCUCGAAAUAUCCAGAGCAAACCCAGAAUUCAACAGAUUGAUGAGAGUGGUGACAAGCAAGCCAUAAUUGACCGCUUACGAGCUGAGAUUGCAUUCUUGAGACAGCAGAUACGCAGCGCCGAAUCGAGCGAACAACGACCGGGCGCAAUGUCUGAGAGGCCAGACCGGCCCAAUGGACGAGAGAAUGAACUGCAUAAUCAGUUGCUAGACGUGCAGGAGAGCUACAAUGCCCUCAGCCAAAGACACGCAAAACUGGUUGCUGAGCUGACCAGAAAUACCGAACUCCACGAUCAAGUCAACCCGAUCUCAGGCGAAACCGCUAUAGAUCGUCUCAAACGAUCCCAGGCCAAUCAAGAAAUGAUCGAACAGGUCGUCAUGGAAUACGAGAAGACAAUCCAAAGCCUUGAGGCGAAUCUGUCGAAUACGCGAUCGUCACUGGCCACGACCGAGAGCAAGCUUCUGGAGCGUGAGACGAAAUGCGCGUAUAUUGAGACGAUGAACCAGCAACUGAACUCCCGCGUUCAGAAGCUGAUGGAUCGAGAAUCCAAUACAGAACAAUAUCUUCAUGACCUGGAAGCGCGACUGGACGAUCAGCAUACGGGCGGCGAAAAGAAUGAUGCCAUGAUCUCUGAUUUGCGCAAGGAGAUUGCGAGGAUCCGAGAGACCGAAACAAAUGCUGAGGAUUACAUCUGUACGCUUGAAGAACGACUGGCGGAAGCUGACCAGGACAUGGAAAUCAUGCAACGUGAAAUCGAGAGGCUUGAACAUCUUGUCGAACGCCAGAGGAGUCUCGGCAAACUGGACAAUCUACUCUACGAGCUUGACCAUAUCCAGGAUAAAGGUGAAAAGUCGAAGGGAUCCAGACCAUCCGUCGAAGCAAGUGACGUUACUGAGAAUGACGAUGAAAUGGACCUGAGAUCUGCAGAGGAAACCGAACUGCCUGCUCAAGGGGAGGAUGAGCUUGCGGAGGAAUCGACUGAAUCGUCCGAGAAGCCUUCUGCCGAAAGUGACGAUGCAGCUCUUCAGCGGUUGGAGACUGCUGUGGCCAAGCAGCAGUCCCUGAACGCCAAUCGCAAGGACGACAACCUUCCCAGUCCUGCUCAGUCAAAAUUUAUGACGGAGAAAUUCGAGUCAGUGAGCCAGGAGUUAUUCGACCUUCGCCUCGAGCAUGAAUCGACAGUCAACGAACUAGACCUCAUGUCUGCCAAAUAUCAGGAGGCACUCCGCACCCUCGCCCGGAUGCAGGAUUCCAUUGACGAAGAACGUCAGGGUGCGCCAUCCGCUCAGUCAAAUAGAGACACAGAUUCCAAUCAAGAACGGCCUUUUUUAGAGAUCGAACUGCAAGAAGAGGAGGAUGGACAGGAACAACCCUCAUCGCGCUCGCUCUCGUCGGAGUUGUCCUCAGUUGGGGAGUCGUCAUCUUCGACCAACACCGACAUCACGCCGGUCUCGAAGGAGACUCCGUCCACUGAAGUGGCAUCACAGGAGAUUCAGCGAUUGCAAAAUCUUCUUGCAGAACAUGAACGCAGCAUACACGAGGUCACGGAACAGUAUGCUCAAUUACAGACUAGUCACAAAGAGACCUUGACGACGGUGGAGCGACUCAAGACUCAGGUCCAACGCUCCAGGCCUGCAUCUCCCGGCACUCCUGGCAUGCUCAGACGCAUGACUUCGCAGACCGGUACUGGGGUUGAUCGCGGUCAACGGUCCGUGACAUCCUUGAGGACACUUCUUGCAGAAGAGUUUGAAUCAAAGCCAGAUCAGCUGGAGACGGCGGAAGUCCAUCUCGGUGCCGCCGCCACCGAACUUCAGACGCGACUAGACCGCAUUCAAGCCCUUGAAGCCGAGGUCAAGAGUGUCAAGAAGGAAAUGGAACUGAAAUCCACCAUCAUCUCUGGCUUGACCAGGGAGAGGACCAGUAUCAAGGCGGGAUCUCCUGUUGACCUUAAUAUGGUUUCGCAGCUACGAGAUCAAAUCAUUCAGAAAGAGAGAGAGCUGAAGUCUCUGCAUGAUUCCUACGCCCAUCGGGAGCAAGGUCUGCAAGAUGAGAUCCAACGUUUGUUGUCGGAAAAGACCAAUACAACCACCACCACUCACUCAGCUGCGGAAGACGAAGAGAAGAUGAAAGCACUGAAUGAAGAGCUGACUGAGCUGAAACGGAAGCUUCGAUCUUCACAAGAAGCCGCCGAAGCUGCAGAGAAGAAAUAUAAUCGGACAAAGUCAGAGCUCGAGGCAGCCUUAGCCAGUAUAGCGACAUUGAAAGCCCAACAAUCUAGUGGCGAAGGAGAGUCGGCUCCCGACGGCGGCGAUGCUCUCAAAGCAAUGCAAAUCGAGCGGGACAACUAUCAACAACUAAUCGAAGACCUCAAGCAGGAACUGGAAGAGCAACGUACGGCGAACGCUGAUCAAUUGGUCAAAAGCUCUGAACUCCGUCAGCUUCACGAGUCGCUCAGCAAAGAUUUCGAUGCCCAGUCAGGGUUGGUGAAGUCUCAGGAACAAGAAAUCUUUGCCUUGAAGGCCGAGUUGACGCAGCUCGAACACAAAGUAAAACAGGCGGAGGCGGCUGUGGAGGUCCACAAGCGCGGCCUCAAGACGCUCCAUGAAGCUCAUGCCAACGAAAUUGAGGAAAUGAAGCUUGCCCACAGUGGCCAUCUGGCUGGGUACGACGAUCAGAUUGCCGAGCUGACGGCGAAGCAUGAAAAACUCGUGGCUACGUACAGAACCGACCUCGAGCAGGCCUUGUCCACAGUGGACAAGUUGAUUUCAGACGUACAAACAACUCUUGGCCAUUCCACGAACGCAGAUAUGCUCGCCAGUCAUAUACAGGAUCUCGUGGAUGAAAAGCGCCACAUCGCUGAAGCGAAUGCUCGGAUCACCGCGGCUAACGCCGAACUCGAGCGGCAACUUGAAGGCCGCCAGAGUCUUUCAGAGCUGGAAGAGGAACUCGCGAAUGCUAACAGCAAGAUUGCCAACUACCAAGAGACCAUCCGAAGCCUUGCCAACGAAGUUGGAAAUCACGAAGAGACGAUCCGGGAGAAAGACAAUUCGCUAAUGAAGGCCCAGGCCCAAAUCGAGGCGGUCGAGGCAGAAAAGGCCAAGAAGCUGAUCAUGAUCGAAGAGCUUGAGCAGCAACUCCAGAGCAGCUUCGAUCAGCAUCACAACCGAGUGUCUCUGAUUCAAGCCCAAGGAAGUCAAGCUUUGAUCGAAGCCCAACAACGCAUCGCCCUGUUAGAGAGGGAUCUAGACCAGCGAAGAUCGGUCAACGAAGGAGCAUCGGACAAUGGAUCACGAAGUAACACGAUGAAGUCUCAACAUCGGCCCCAAUCUCCAGCAGUGGAAGGAGGACCACCACGGUCAAACUCCAUGACGUCGAACCUGCGCAAGUCGUCCUCGAUUGCUUCCCUACCUUCACCGCCUCCAGCCAUCCCCUUGCCGCCAUUACCCAGCAUCACGGGCCUCCAGGUAGCAGGCGCAGCAGUAGGAGCCAACGCGACCAACCCAUCCCCUCCGCAGUCGCGACACACCUCGAAAGAAAACUUGCGACGACAAUCCGCACUGCUCGAGGAGCAAGAGAACCGGCUCCGCACGAUCGAGAAACAUCUGCACGCCGAGAAGCAGUUGACCGCCACGCUGGAGGAGGCUCUCGUCGAUCUCGAGACCCAAUCUAACAAGUUACGCGUGGACGCGGACGCCUGGAAGAAGAAGGCUUGGGCCAUGGAGGAAGAACUGUCGGGACUGAAAAAGGAGCGUCGGUCCGCCCGGUUGAGCGUCCAGGCGGUCGAGGAGGAAGUCAAGAAGCGUCGGGAGGCCGAGGCCGCGAGAGCCCAGUUGGAAGAGCGCAUGAGGUUGCUGACUGUGGGCAAGGAUGGGAAGACGAAGAAACGAAAGGGGGGCAGCUCGUUGAAUUGUUUUUAA